CGAGAGUGCUUCGCGCUAUCCACCUCCGUUCUAACCGUUCUAGCUACGGUUCGGCCGAUUAGUCGGCCAGUUCGCUGCGUCCAAUUAUUUGAACGGCAUGCGCGCGGCGACCGAGGACUCCUUCACCGGUUCUCGUUCGCGAUCGCCGCUCGCCAACCGUCGUCUAUCGUCUGUGAGCGAGGUCCGCCGUCAUCUCGACCUGAGUCUCACCGUCACAGCAGUAAUCAACUCUACGCCGGCUGACUGUAUCGAUACUGUCCGGUUUUGAUAGCACGCAACGAUGCUGAAUUUCUUCGAAAGUAUCGCAUAUGUCCCAAAGAUCUACUAUGGCGCAUUGUUGGGCAUCGGUUUCUGCAUCUAUUAUCUCUGCGAAGUCGUCAAGACACCCUUGUUGGUUUGCGCCAAUGGUCCAUUCCGCUCAUUCCUGGAAGCCAACAUUCCGCUCGUACGAAAUAAAUUCUGGCCAACAUUAUGGUGUUUCGAAUCGCGAGCACAGACCAUUAUAGCCAGCAUAUUGAGAUCUCGGAUAUGGCCGCACGUUGAAUAUCGCAGGGAAAUUUUUACUUUGUCCGACGGAGGUGAAGUAGCCUUAGAUUGGGCCGAAAAAGAUUGUUCUAUCACAUCGCCAAUUGUUAUUAUUUUACCUGGUCUCACAGGCGCUAGUCAAGCGGAAUAUAUCAAAUGUCUAGUAUCAGCCGCGAGAAAAGAUGGGAUACGAUGCGUAAUUUUUAACAAUAGAGGUUUAGGCGGAAUACAACUUAAGACUCCGCGAACAUAUUGUGCCGCUAAUUAUGAUGAUUUAAUUGAAGUCAUAGAACACGUAAAGAAACUUUAUUCUCACGUACCUCUUGGAGCAACUGGAAUCUCCAUGGGAGGGUUGAUCUUAGGUAAUUAUUUAGCGCAAGAAGCUCCAAUAGCAAAGACCAAAUUGAAAGCGUGUGUCAUUAUUUCCGUGCCAUGGAACGUAUUCGAAGGGACAAGGAAUAUUGAGGAAAAUUAUUUUAAUCGAAUGCUAAAUAAGCAUCUAGUUAAUAGUCUGUGCCGCACAAUACAACGAUAUAAAACUUCUAAUAUGAGUUUCAACGUGGAUAUCGAUACUGUUCUUAAGAGCCGAACGAUAAGAGAAUUCGAUUCGAGUUUUACUGCAAGACAUUUUGGAUAUAAAAACGUCGAAGAUUAUUACAGUAACGCAACGCUUCAUAAUAAAUUACACCUAAUCCAAGUUCCAACUUUGUGCCUCAGUGCGGCAGACGAUCCGUUUCAGCCGUUGGAAGCGAUACCUUUGAAAGAGAUAAGCCAGACUAAAAAUGUGGCUGUAGUGGUAACAUCGCGCGGAGGACAUAUUGGUUUCCUGGAAGGCGUUUGGCCGGCCAAGGAGGAGCAAUAUAUGGGAAAAUUCUUCACGCAAUUUUUCACAUCGAUGUUCACCAGUGAUUUUAAAUAAUGGAACGCUUGAUGUGUCUAUAGAUCAAAAUCGGAUGAACGGUAUCGUAA